GUCAUCGGAUAAUCGUCCUUGUGCUCGCGCUGAAGACAGCGAGGUUUGCUGCUGCCGGGAUCGUCUUGUUGGCUGUUUUGGGAGUUUGCCAGUUUGGCCACUCGCUCUCGGCGGUUGCCGCUUGCCGGAGCCCGUAGGGAAAAGGCUGGCCGCUAGGCGCUAGCUCUCUUGCUCGUUUACCGGGCGUUUGCUGCCUCUGUAUCUGGCGAGGUCCAUGCACCAACUGUCUUUCUCCUUACCGGGCUGCGUGCAUAUGAACGUCCGGCCAGCCAUUAACGCCCUUGGCCAUGCCUCCUAAAUAAAGCAAACUCCUCGCCUUCGCUAAUUAGCCUCCGUGUUCAACCUGGCAGCCUCCUCCUCUUCUCUCCAACCAGGAAACCACCACCACUCCAUUCCUCUCCGUCGACAUGGCGGCUUCCUGCCGCCACCGCCGCCGCCGUCACACGCCGCCGCAGAGCUAGCUAGCUACCGACGAAGACAAGGCGUCAAUGGCCAAGGCGCCUCUGCUGCCUCUGUCGCUGCUCGUGCACGUCGUCCUCGCCGCCUCCUUUCCGGCCCCGUGCACGGCGCAGGGUCGCACCGAAAACAUCUCGGCCGUCGAGGCCGCGGUCCGCGCCCGCGCGUCCGAGCUGCUCCGCGACACCACCACCAACGACACGACGCAGCCCGUCGACCUGCUGCCCCUCCCGGGCAACCUCUCCGGCGCGGGCGUCCGGGCCUGGGCGCUGCGCGUGAGCAGCAACGCGCUCUGGGCCGACGGCGUCAACGCCGCCGGUUUCGUCGUCCCGCCGCGCGUCGUGCCGGCCCCGUUCGCGCGCUGCCUCACCAUCGUCUUCGAGCGCUUCACCGGCGGCUCGGCGGCCGCGUUCGCCGCGCCGCGCCUCUACGCGCUGGCCGCGCCCGUGGCCGGCUUUUUCGCGUACGACGCGGCGGCGGGGCCCGACGCCCGGGUCUCGCUCCGGGCGCUCGGCGCGCCGGUGCGCGUCGAGUUCGAUGACGAGCUGUCGGCGGCGGCUCUGGACAAGGGGUUCGACGCGGCCGCCGCGCUGUGCGUGACGUUCGCGGCCAGCGGGGAGGUCGUGGCCACGUACGCCGUCACGUCGGGCUCCGCGUCCACGUGCGCGGUCACCGGCACGGGCCACUUCGGUAUAGUGGUGCGGCUGCCCGAGACGCCGCCGCCAGCCUCAGCCGGGUGGUGGGCGUGGACGGUGGGUGUCGGCGCCGGUGGGGUGCUGGGAGCCAGCGUCUUGGCGCUCUCGGUGGCCGGCGCGAUCAGCUGGAGCAGGAGGCGGCGAUGGGAGGAGAUGGAGCGGCGGGCAAUGGCCGGGGAGGAACUGGGGAGGAUGACGGUGCGCGGGAGCAGGAUGCCAUCGGCGAAGGUGGUAAGGACGCGCCCCGAGUUGGAGGAGCCCAGCACGCCGCCGUAGCCCGUAGCGGCAGGCCAGUUCCUCUCCGAGUACCACCAGCCGCUGGCGCUGAGGAUUCUAACGUUUCCCUCGUUGUUUUGCCACACAUGGGGUGGCCCAAUCAACUAACUUUCUUGCAGUUUUCAGCGAAAAAUCGUCUGCGGCGCAAGAGAAGCGUACAACUCAAUUUGCAUGAUCCGGAUUACAGAUGCAGUCGAAAUAGAUAUUUAUUCUUUUGGGUCAACUUUAUAGGAUUGUUAUUGUACAAAAUGCAUUUUUCAUAGUACAUCGGAAUACUUCGUUCACUUCCAUCCUUGAUAUGAUUAACUUGUGCCAGUACUUUCUCCUUCGCAAAAUAAAUGAACUUCAAAAUUGUUAUAAAUCCAAUUAUUUUAAAUUCGAUCAAAUUUAUAAAAAGAGCACCAAUAUUUAUGACUUUGGCAUUAGCAUGACCAGAUACACCAUGAAAUAUAUUUUUCACAAUCUACUCACUUCAUUUAUUUCGGGACAUUAGUAUAGUAUUUUCUCUGGAACUGGAUACGAAAUAAAUGGUGACAAAGAAACCUAGGGGACCUGAGCCUGAGGAUACCCACCUAGAAUUAUAUCGCAGAAGAAAAAAUAAUACUCCACCGUUCUUAAAUAUAUGACACCAUAAACUUUGACCACUCAUCUUAUUUAAAAUGUUCCCUGCCUAACUUGCUACACUUUGCCUAAUUUUUCUGUCUAAGGUUAGUUCUUCAAUUCGAACGACCAACCUUAGACAAAGUGUGGCACAGACGCACAGUUAGCCACAAACCAAACAGACCCUUACCCUGGAUAUGAGGGAGCCCAAGAGUUAUAAGUUUGAAGGGCACACGCUGUGAAAACAGAGCUACGUACCAACAAAUUGGUUGCCUUAAAUCCAAUCACGGAUGAAUUUACACUGAUAAUACAUUAAACGUGAGCAAGAGAGGGAGCUGAAACCUGAAAAAUCACCAUUUUCCCAAACAUCAUAUACACAAUUCGGUUUAUUAGGAAUGUAAAGCACCAUAAAGUUUAAAGCCUUGGAACAGCCUGCCGCACAAGCAUUUCUGUGAACAUGCAGUAUCAAGGAUGCAUACUUGAUGCGCCUUCCACUAGAUAUUUCGGUUUAUUCGCUCAAUAUCGGAGCAAAAAAACGCUGGAGGUUUCCUUUUUUUUAAGGGACGACAGGUUUCCCCCUGUUCAACUAGUUAACAAAAGCACUUCCCGACAAUGCCUGACACCUCUACUUCGGACUUGAGAUAGAAUAGUUCAUCGGAUGUGUGUGAGAACAGGCUCCUGUUAUCUCUU